AUGCCCCGCGCCCCUCUCCUCCGCAUCCCAUACACAGAUCCCUUACCCGCACCUCGAAUCAUUCCCGCAAGCGGCACAACAAGCAGCGGCGCCAUUGCCGCUCUGGUGGAUUUUCUAUCGCCAUGCCUGCCAUCCCGCACGCGCUCUGCAUUCGCACCGCGUGACGCCCGAGCAGCGAAAAAAACACUCCUCCUCACCGGCGCAGGCAUAUCCGUCGCAUCGGGCCUCGCAGAUUACCGCGGCGCAAACGGGACGUAUACGCUCAACAAGACGUACCGCCCGGUAUACUACCAUGAAUUCUGUGAAAGCCAUGAGAUGAGGAAACGGUACUGGGCGCGGAGUUUUAUGGGGUGGACGAAUCUGGAGCGUGCGAGGGCGAAUGCGGCGCAUGUGGCGUGUGGGGAGUUGGGGAGUUUGGGGGUUGUUGGGGGGUUGGUGACGCAGAACGUCGAUUCCUUCCACCCAACCACGCACCCCGACCUCCCCACCAUCGAACUCCACGGCUACCUCCGCAACCUCGUCUGCCUUACCUGCCGCAACGAGUACUCUCGACGGACUUUCCAAUCGCAACUCUCAUUGUUAAACCCCUCGUGGGCGGAGUUCCUGGCAGAGAUGCUGGACACGGGUGCGCUGGAUACGGAGAAUCCGCUUGAGCGCCGCAAGAGGGGGUUGAAGACGAAUCCCGAUGGCGAUGUGGAUAUCCCUGAUGCACCGUAUACUACGUUUCGGUACCCCGCGUGUCCGACGUGUCUCGAGAAGCCGCCGAGACGCGCGGACGGGAGCGAGGUUAAGGUUAAAGUUGAUAAGGAUGGGGCAUGGGAUCCGUCCAGUGAAGGGGGUGUAUUGAAGCCUGCUGUUAUUAUGUUUGGAGAGUCGAUUCCUGCGGCUACGAAGGUGGCGGCGGAGCAGGCGGUUGAGGCUGCAGGCAGGAUACUGGUGAUUGGAAGUAGUCUAGCUACGUAUUCUGCAUGGCGGCUUGUGAAAAAGGCCAAGGAGAUGCAUUUGCCGAUUGGUGUCCUCAACAUGGGUGGAGUGCGAGGUGAAGAAACAUUUUUCGGGGAUAUAAAAGAUGCGGAAACGGGGAGGGAUGCGGUACGCUUGAGUGAGAAUGCAGAACGCAUACUUCCGAGUGUGGUGGGUGUUUUACAGCAAAUGAAAGAGAAGAAUGGAUAG